CAAAUUGGUCGGAGCUCCAUCCACCUUGUAACGAACCCUUGUUCUGGUUGCUGUCUAGGUGCGAAGCCAAAUGAAUCAUGCGAUGACUAUGGCUGGAAGGAGGUUAUUUGCCUUUGCUUGUUCCGCUUCAACCCCUUUUUCUCAAUCUCAAUCGAAAUAUAAACUUCCAACGUAUUUUUGCUUUCCUCGGUUUUUCUGCUUCUCCAGAUUAGAGGAUGAUUCUUUUGGUGAUAAAUUUCUUAAAUGGCAUAAUGGUGGUGGCACUUUCCACGAGUCAGCUUGCAUCGACUCCACAGCACUUGUAGAGGUUGGCGCUGUAGUUCAUUCAGAAUCUGUUGUUGGCCCAAAUGUUCGUAUAGGUUCUGGAACUAUUGUUGGACCUUCUGUUACCAUUGCUCAUUCAACUAAGAUAGGGUAUAAUGUCUCACUUAGUAAUUGCUGUAUAGGUGAUUCAUGUGUAGUCCAUAAUGGCGUCUGCAUUGGUCAAGAUGGAUUUGGAUUUUACGUUGAUGAUGAUGGUAACAUGAUAAAAAAGCCUCAGACAUUGAAUGUAAUAAUAGGGAACAAUGUGGAAAUUGGUUCAAAUACAUGCAUUGACAGAGGCAGCUGGCGAGAUACAGUUAUUGGGGACAAUUCAAAGAUAGAUAAUUUAGUUCAGAUUGGCCAUAAUGUAGUAAUUGGGAAGAAUUGUUUGCUUUGUGGACAAGUUGGGAUUGCAGGUUCAGCAACCAUAGGAGAUUAUGUGACUAUGGGAGGAAGGGUAGCAGUGCGAGAUCAUGUAUCUAUCAUAUCAAAGGUUCGCCUUGCAGCUGCAAGUUUUGUCACCAAGGACAUCAAAGAGCCUGGGGACUAUGGUGGCUUUCCAGCUGUUCCAAUUCACCAAUGGCGCAGGCAAGUUGCCAGUAGAUGUCAGACUCGGGUGAGGAGUCUUUGAAGUCGGCAAAUAUUAUUUUGAUAGGUAGUUAGUGGAGUUUGAAUCCUCUUCUCAAGAAGAACUUUUGGUUGUGAUUUCGGAUAGAUUUUUGUUCAUCUGGAGAAAUGUAAGAUUACUUAAAAUAAAUUCUGAAAUCAAUAUGUAAUUUCAUUAACACACCAUUACAUGUGUACAUAUUACUAGAGAUUUAAACA